UUAGCGACGCAAGUAAAGUACGCAAAGGUCUUAUUUCUCAUAAGUCAAUGAGGUGAACACAUCAGCAUCGCCACGGCGAAUCCAUAUUUAUUCGGGAUUGUUAUGAUGGAUAACCAAACAGACUCGCAGCAAGAUGAAUUAUACUGCCCCGGGUCUAUCUGCGCCACAAUGGCGCAAGUUCUGGUCUUCUCGCAAAAAUGGGUUCCACUUUUGAUCAUUGCUUUUGGUUUGGUCGGCAACAUGCUACUGGUUGCUAUCACGAACAAGGAGGAGAAUCGGAGAAUAAGUACGUGUGUGUACAUGACGGCGCUAGGAGUGGAGGACACAGUUUAUUUGAUGGUGUUCUUAAUUCAUACGAUACUCUGGCAGCACGAGGUAUUGGUGUGGGACCUUUCAAAGGAGCACAGAGACAUGGUCUUCAGUGUCAUCAUAUUCCUCCUCUUUGAAUUCUCCAAGUCGUCGAAGCUGACCCUUGCAGCCAUGACGGUCGACCGCGCCUAUGUCGUGUUGCACCCCCUAGCGGCGAAAACAGUAUGCAACCCCUCAAAAGCAAAGAAAGUCAUCAUCGCAAUAACCAUCCUACUGGCUGCUUGGAAUAGCUACUUCUUCGUCCCAAAUUAUAAUUCGUCAACUUGGAAGGAUGUUUUGAUUAAAUCUUUAGAGGUGAUUUUUGCUACUAUUCUACCUUUCACGGUUGUAUUUGUGUCAAAUAUUCUAAUCGCUUUGGAGCUGAAACUAGCUGCGAAGAGGCGGACAGGGAUGACUGAUGGAGCCAAGAGUGGAAAGGAGGUUCAGUUGACAAGGAUGCUCAUGUUGAUUUCGGCCGCUUUCGUCAUAUGCAUUUCACCACUGGCUGUGUAUGAUCUGCUUCAGGCCUCACCGUACAUCAAUGCGAUGUAUGACAUGCGUAAUCCUUACUGGGCGUUGAGGUUUUAUCUUGAGAACUGGUAUAUGGUCCAGUUUAACAACUUGAAUCAUGCGUGCAAUUUUUACAUCUACGUACUUGGUGGAGGGAAGAACCACAGGAAUGAUGUCAAAAAUAUCUUCCGGUGUUUGCGCCGUUCGUAAUUAGCAUAAAGCGUGGGGCCACGAACAGACUCCAUUUUUCAUUUUUCACAUACAGGAAAAUUAUUCACGAUGAUAUUUUUGUUUCCGUUACUGAGUGUUUCUCUCAUUGAAAGAAAGGUUGACUUUUUUUCUGUGGUUGCCGAUAUCAAAAAGUCAUGGUCUCUCUUGCUGCCAAACGCGCUUGUAAAACACUGAAACGUGGGGAACUACCACAGGUGUUACAUAGGAGCACUGUUUCUGGGUUAACUCGGCUUCAUCUCUUUUUACCAGUGCUGCAUGAUCCAGAGAGGUUAAAACAAGAGCAAUCUCACUGUCAAAAAGAAAGCCUGCAUGAAGGAAUUUACCCAAAUUAUCCCCUGUGGCCAUGUUUAUUUUUGAAAAUUGGCCCAUGGGACAAUUUAGGAAAUAUCAUGUAGUCACUAAAGGUUUAUCGCAGUGACGGUUUGUGAGAUGCUUCGGGUGGCUUAUACAUGUAUUUACACUGCUGAUACACGUGACUGAUACACGUCUAGGCCUGUGACGUUAGUAUGGGGGACAACCAAAGAUCAAUGUUUCUUGGUUAAAUCGGCAUUUGGAGGUUGCUGUACCCUCUCUCUUUACCAGUACUGUUUUAUCAAAGAGGCUGAAACAAGAGUAAUCUGGGCACAACUUAUUCUAAAGGGGGGACCAGAAUUAUUUUCCCUCACACGAUGGAUGCACCAUAUAGUUCUAUUGUGCAAGGGAAAAUAAUUCUGGCCCAUCCUGUAGCUUAACUCUUAUAUCCUCUCCUUACUUCAUCGAGACUUGGGACGCGCUUUCUCCGGCUUGACAGAAAAAUUUCACAACAACGGAACCAGUUGCCAUAAACACACCAAAGGCACCUGCGUAGUUUCGAAUCCCUGGGAUGCAAGUCAUGUGAUCGUUAUCACGGUUAUGCCGAGGGAUUCGUUGUAGCCAGGGUGUCUCAUUGCGACAUCUGUAGGAGGGGAUCGUUGUAACCAGGGUGUCUCUUUGUGACAUCUGUAGGAGGGGAUCGUUGUAACCAGGGUGUCUCAUUGUGACAUCUGUAGGAGGGGAUCGUUGUAACCAGGGUGUCUCAUUGUGACAUCUGUAGGAGGGGAUCGUUGUAACCAGGGUGUCUCAUUGUGACAUCUAUAGGAGGGGAUCGUUGUAACCAGGGUGUCUCAUUGUGACAUCUGUAGGAGGGGAUCGUUGUAACCAGGGUGUCUCAUUGUGACAUCUGUAGGAGGGGAUCGUUGUAACCAGGGUGUCUCAUUGUGACAUCUGUAGGAGGGGAUCGCUGUAACCAGGGUGUCUCAUUAUGACAUCUGUAGGAGGGGAUCGUUGUAACCAGGGUGUCUCAUUGUGACAUCUGUAGGAGGGGAUCGUUGUAACCAGGGUGUCUCAUUGUGACAUCUGUAGGAGGGGAUCGUUGUAACCAGGGGUCUCAUUGUGACAUCUGUAGGAGGGGAUCGCUGUAACCAGGGUGUCUCAUUAUGACAUCUGUAGGAGGGGAUCGUUGUAACCAGGGUGUCUCAUUGCGACAUCUAUAGGAGGGGAUCGCUGUAACCAGGGUGUCUUAUUGUGACAUCUGUAGGAGGGGAUCAUUGUAACCAGGGUGUCUCUUUGUGACAUCUAUAGGAUGGAAUCAAAGUCUAAUUCAAAUCGAAGACGGAGACGGAGAUCUUGGUCAUCACAUUUGCAAAAAGAUUACAAAGUAAUCGCAACUCAUUCACGUUAUUCACGACUCCAACUGUUUUGCAUAGUAAGAAUACUACAUGUAUAUUUCAUCAUGGCACACAGCAUUAAUCUUUUAUAUCUACCUGCUUGCCGAAAAUUGGAAAGUUUCAGAAAUCUUAAUGGCCAUCUACACUACUAAAUCUAUAGACUUCCAAGGAAAUCACGGCAACCGUGCGCACUGUCUCUUUGAAACUUCACCUAACCUUUCACUACCUUUCCGUUCACAAAAUGAUCGAUUCUCAGUCUAAACAUUUGCCGGGAAU